AUGUUCAUAUCCGUGGCGUCCUUUCUAUCCGCGUUUCUCAGGUUUCAUCCACCUAAUUCGUCGCAUCGCUUCUUCUCCCCGUCGUCCACACUCGGACCCCUCCGUCCCAUACACGCGAUCCCCUCCAUCGCUCACACUUUUGGGUCGUGGUGUGUGACUCGCCGUGCGACAAUUUCCAUUGGCUGCAGCAGCGCAGCCGGCGGCGGCCACUAUAAUGACGGCAUUGCGGCGCAGCGAUCAGGAUACAGCGGCGUGAGCCUCGCGUCGCCUGCCACCAUCCCCGUUAGUAGCGUUGACCGCGGCGAUCCCAAUGACGAAUCACCUCACAGCAGCAGAAGCGGAAGCUAUCAGGACGGCAACGGCGGAAGGGGUGCGACGAGAGGGGGAACGGGGAGGGGAGGGGGAAACGAAGCGGAAAGAGACGGCGGCGAAUUACAGCCGUUCAUUCGAUCUCACCACGCGGCCACGCCGUUGAUGCGCCCAUCAGAAAUCGCACUCGAGCCCCCCUCCGCCGAUGUCCCUUCCCCCUCCGCCUUCCUUCCCCCCAUGAGCCCCGAAUCCAUCCCCCUCGGCCUUUCCUCCCUCCGCUCGCUCUCCGCUCUUUCCGCCACCCCACUCUGGCCUCCUCCGCCUGUUGCGGAAUUGCCUCGAGCCGCCGCGGAUCACGGCCCGCGAAUCGCGGCCGCUGCGGUGGAUGUUGCUGAUAGGCUGCUGUCUACAGUGCCGCCGCUGCUGACGCAGGCAAUGACGUCAGCGGCGGGAGGUGUGCAUCGAUACCUGCAGCGGUUCAGCGUGUAUGUGAUUAUAGCGAAUGCGGCUCGGCCAGUGCUGAGGCCUGCUGUGGAUAAGGCGCAAGAGGUGCUCGAUAAGAUCCCCCCCAUGAGCACCAUUCCCGGGCGGCUGACAUGGCUAACAAUACUGCUGCUGCUGGCGUGGGCGGCAUGCGCGCUGCCCUCGCUGCUCUCCACGCUGCACGACCCCCAGUACUACUCCGCCUCGCCCUUCCCCCGCCGCAUCCCCGUGCUGGGCGAUGGUGGCUCUGCUCCCGUCUUCUCUGAUGCUGGUUUUAAUGUCGAGGCUGCUGCCAAGAUGUGGGAGGCGAAGGUGGGCUGUGCGCGCUUCAGGUGGAAGCACAGGGAUCUGCUCAAGAAAUACUCCUACUCCUCCACCUUCCCCAGAAGCUCCAGUCUUCAGGAUCCAAACAGGGUGGCGUGCCGGCGAAUGCAGCUGCGCCACGUCACCAUUCUGCUGCCACCUGGCGCUGAGUCGUGGAUGUGGCCGCACAAGCUGGAGGGCUUCUACCACUGCCCUCGCUGCGGCAUCACCUGCCAGAUCUCCUGGUCGCCCCUCAUGGCGCUACAGGCAGACGCCACGCUUCACGUGUGGCCCGCAGACCCACCCGCAGAGCGAACCAGAGGGCAACCACUACGAGUGUACCUGAACCUGGAGUCGUGGGGGCUGCUGGAGAAGCGCCGGCUGUUCGACGUGGGCGUGUCGCCCUUCGCCAGCAGCGACGUGCAGCUCACGUACUCCGGUGUGCACCACACGCUCGAGACUGGUAGAAGGCAGUUCUUCUCCAAGAUUAAACGACAGGACGUGCCUCUGUACCGAGCAUCCUCGCACUGCCAAUACGAGUGGCGGGAGGGCCUGGUGAGGGACGUGUUUGCGCUGGUGCCGCACCACAGCUUCGGGCACUGCGACAACAACAUGAACGGCAGUGAUGCUGAACUGCUGCUCUACCCUGAAUGCACCCACCCGGUGAUAAGCGUACUGAAGCAGGAGAUAUCAGCAUGCGCCAUGUCGCACUACAAGUUCAUCCUCAGCACUGAGAACACGCGCGUGCCGGGCUACGUCACUGAGAAGGCCCUCGAGCCCCUGGAAGCAGGCACGGUGCCGGUGUACUAUGGCGCGCCUGACAUCCACCAGUUCAUGCCUCCGGAAUCCUUCAUAGAUGGCAGCAAGUACACGGCUUCCCAGCUUGCUACCCUCAUCACCGCGCUCAAUAAUGACCCAGUGAGGUACAUGAACUACUUUGCAUGGCGCAUGUGCGGGGUGCCAGGUCCCUUCGCCCAUGUCACAGCUCUCAACUUCGACUCCUUCCCCUGCCGCCUCUGCGAGGCUGUCAGCGCCCGUGGAGGCAAAAUGUUCUAG